AUGUGUAUAGACUACGAGAGGAAGACUUCACUCAUGGAGAAUAAAAUACUCAACAUGCAAUUGGAAACCAUUGCAAACUACAGAUUUAAGUCAAAAAACAUUAUACCGGACAUAAAUAUAGAAGAAAGGACAAACGAUGUAGAUACAUUCUCAAACGAGCUUCAAGAAAUGCAAACCAGAGUGGAUAACUUGAAACAGAACAUCAAAAACACUCAAGCCGUUGUCUUCCAGUUAAAAGCUGAUAGGAUCGGUAAAAAGCUACAAAUACCUCUCACAGCGGAUGCAAUGCUCGCUAAUGCUAGAAAUAAAAAUAAUUUAUGA